AGCCGGUGUGCCUCCGCCGCAGCACGCUCCAAAGCGAGAUCUUAAAUCUUUAGUUUUUCCUGAGACAAAUCCGCUCGCUUUUAAUCAAAAUAGUUUUAUUCGUCGCCUCCGGUGUCUUUUGAGUGGCGCCGUUUGUGUUUUAUCCAGCUAGUCAUGGCUGACAUCGACAAACUCAACAUAGACAGCAUCAUUCAGCGCCUGCUCGAGGUGAGAGGGUCGAAGCCGGGGAAGAACGUCCAGCUGCAGGAGAACGAGAUCCGAGGACUGUGUCUGAAAUCCCGCGAGAUCUUCCUCAGCCAGCCCAUCCUCCUGGAGCUGGAGGCGCCGCUCAAGAUCUGCGGUGAUAUCCACGGACAGUACUACGACCUGCUCAGACUCUUCGAGUAUGGAGGAUACCCUCCGGAGAGCAACUACCUGUUCUUGGGAGACUACGUGGACCGAGGGAAGCAGUCUCUGGAGACCAUCUGUCUCCUGCUGGCCUACAAGAUCAAAUAUCCUGAGAACUUCUUUCUGUUGAGAGGAAACCACGAGUGUGCGUCCAUCAACCGCAUCUACGGCUUCUACGAUGAGUGCAGGAGACGCUACAACAUCAAGCUCUGGAAGACGUUCACAGACUGCUUCAACUGUCUACCCAUCGCUGCCAUCGUGGAUGAGAAGAUCUUCUGCUGUCACGGAGGUUUGUCUCCGGACCUGCAGUCCAUGGAGCAGAUCAGAAGGAUCAUGAGACCCACAGACGUCCCGGACCAGGGCCUGCUGUGUGACCUGCUGUGGUCCGACCCGGACAAGGACGUGCUGGGCUGGGGAGAGAACGACCGAGGCGUGUCCUUCACCUUCGGAGCAGAAGUGGUGGCCAAGUUCCUUCACAAACACGACCUGGAUCUGAUCUGCAGGGCCCACCAGGUGGUGGAGGACGGGUACGAGUUCUUCGCCAAGCGGCAGCUGGUCACUCUGUUCUCUGCACCCAACUACUGUGGAGAGUUUGACAACGCUGGGGCCAUGAUGAGCGUCGACGAGACCCUGAUGUGCUCCUUCCAGAUUUUGAAGCCGGCGGAGAAGAAGAAGCCAAACUCCAGUCGUCCGGUGACUCCUCCCAGGAACAUGGUCACCAAGCAGGCCAAGAAAUGAGGCUCUGUCUCGGAGCCGGCCGGACUUGUACGAUCCGCUCGGAUCAGGAGCCGUCCACCGCGUCUUUAUUCCCCUUCCCUCCCUCGUUCCCCCGGUUCACCGUCCCCGAGCGGCCGCUCACGUAUUAGAGGGGAGGCUUUUACUUCCCGCUCCAGGACGACACGGCCCCCGCGAACCACUGUGAACAAACCGCUCCGUUUUUAUGCACCUCGAGCUUCGUUUUUUUGUAUCUGGGUCUCGUGAAUGUGCCAUGAGGUUUGACAUUCAGUCGAAUGAGCGUGCGUGCGUGUGUGUGUGUGUGUGUGUGUGUGUGAGAACUCGAACAUCAAGUUUCUUUGCCUUGUUUUCUUCUUCUUCUUGGGUUCUGGCAUGUCUCUCUCUCUCUCUCUCUCUCUCAGACGGACGUUUCUGUUGCAUGCGUUAGUGUUAGAGGACUAGGACGCAAGGCCUUGUCUUUCUCUCAGGGCAUGCCACCUUCAGCAUGUCUUCAGAUUAAUGUAGCUCCUCAUCAGGUAAAUCACGUCAGGAAAACCUUUUCUUGCAGAUUUCUACAGUGUUUCAUACGAGUUCCCCGUUUAACCCAAACUCGCUGUAAAUACACAGGAAGUGUUUUGUUCGGUCUUGGCAAUAAUUCACAAGUUUUUCCACACUAUAAAUAAUUGUUAUACUUGCAGAAUAAAUGGAAGGGAGAUGGAAACACCA